AUGGGCGACAUCGAAACUGGUGCACCACUUCCAACCGAAACCCAUCCCUACCUCGCUACCAAAAACGCUACGAUGACAAAUGGUAACGGAACAAGCAACGGUGAAAUCGCGAAGAAGUCGUAUUCUCCAAAGGAUUUCCUGAGUGAUAGAGCAAAAGUCACUCAAAUUGACGGUAUUAGAGGUUUGAUGGCGCAUGAACAUCCUGGUAUAGUCUCUUUCCUGUACGUGUUGGCAUCAGCUGCCUUCUUCUCCCCACGCCCACUUCCGGCCCACCCUGGCCAGCACGUCCUUGCCGGUCGGCCAAACCCUACCACGUUCCCAUUCUCAUCUAUCACUCUCAAUCUGAAAUCACCUCUGGGUGAAUCUUCCUCUGAAAAACAAGACAGUAUAACCAUAGAGACUGAAGACCUGGAUGUCGCAUUGCAAUACUCGCCUUCACCGGGAUUAAAGAAACUUGUCGAUUGGGCUGUAGAUUUUCAAUCAUAUGCUCAUAACAAGAAGAACGAUGGAAGCUGGACAGUGAGCUUUGGUAGUGGGAGUCAAGAUUUAAUGUCCAAAGCUUUCAACGUCCUGCUUAAUCCUGGCGAUCCCAUCCUGAUCGAAACUCCAGUGUAUGCAGGUGUAAUUCCUCCCCUCAGAUUACUGGCAGCUGAAAUGAUUGAGGUCGACGUCGACGAUAAAGGUCUUUCAGCUGUGAAUCUCGAAAGAGUCUUAUCGUCAUGGCCUGAGGGGAAAAAGCGACCACGAGUCAUCUACACUUCACCCAUAGGUUCCAAUCCUUCUGGAUGUUCCGCUUCCAGAGCGAGAAAAUUGGAAGUGUUGCAAGUAUGCAAAAAGUACAAUGUCUUAAUCUUCGAAGAUGACCCUUACUACUACCUCGCCACUGAGCUCAUCCCAAGUUACUUUGAGCUUGAAACCGAAGUAUACCCUGAAAGCGGGCAUGUCAUUCGAUUUGACUCUUUCUCUAAGCUUCUUUCGGCUGGUCUGAGACUGGGCUUUGCUACCGGUCCGAAAGAGAUUACUCACGCUAUCGAUGUGGUCACAGCUGGAGCGAACUUGCAUACCAGUGGUGUAUCUCAAGGUGUUACCUUAAGAUUAAUGCAACACUGGGGCAUCGAAGGAUUCCUUGCUCACGGAAGAGCUGUCGCCAAGCUAUACGCUGAACGAAGAGCGGAAUUUGAAGCCGUCGCCCAUAAAUAUCUCGAUGGAUUAGCUACAUGGGUAUCACCCGUCGCAGGGAUGUUCUUGUGGCUUGAUCUGACGCCUGCGGGAAUCGAAGAUUCUUAUGAUUUGAUAAGACAUGAAGCAUUAGCUAAAGGUGUAUUAGGUGUUCCUGGUAUGGCAUUCUACCCAACUGGCAGGAAAAGCCCAAAUGUUCGAUUGUCAUUUUCAGUUGUGGACCUUGAACAAGACACCGAAUUAGGUUUCCAAAGAUUAGCGGAAGCUAUUCAAGACAAACGAAAAGCUUUGGGUAUAGUUUAG